CCACUAGUGUCUGGCUUCGGAGCCGGGCGCACGGGCUUCGUCAGAAGGUGGAAAGCUCACUGUGGGGGGGGAGCUGUCUUCUCCCUCCUGGCCACACCGCUGCCUCCCCACCCCCGCACGCCCCCUCCCCCCUCCCUUCUUCCUCUCCGCUCUCCCCCUUCCCCCCCGGUACCACACCUCCUCCCUACUCCAGAGCAGAGCGAACCGCCCGAGCCCACACUCGCGCCCGCUCCGCUCCCCAGCCCCCUGCGGAUGCGUGAAGAGGAUGGAGGCAGGGUACUCGGAGCCGGCAAACUCUCCAACCAGAGCCUGCGCCCUGGGCUUCUGCUAAACUGACCCAAGAAGGAAAAUCGAAGAAGCCUCCAACAAAAUCCACCCCACCCCUUCCCUCCCUCCCUCCCCACACCCAUUCCAGUAGUCAAGCUCCCACCCAAUUAGCAGGAUUGUGGUGUAUUUGGGGGGUGGGGGGCUAGGACGGAGGACAGCUAGGCUGCAGUUGAACCUUGGCUCUUGCUCCUGCUCCUGCACCCAUCCACCCGGCCGCCCAGAAUGAAGAAGAUGAGCAACAUUUAUGAAUCAGCUGCCAAUACACUGGGAAUCUUUAAUAGUCCAUGCCUGACAAAAGUUGAGCUGCGGGUAGCGUGCAAGGGUAUUUCUGACAGAGAUGCCCUUUCGAAGCCAGACCCCUGUGUCAUCCUCAAAAUGCAGUCCCACGGGCAGUGGUUUGAGGUGGACCGAACAGAAGUGAUUCGAACUUGCAUCAACCCUGUUUUCUCUAAGUUGUUUACGGUGGACUUUUACUUCGAAGAAGUACAGAGACUACGGUUCGAAGUCCACGAUAUCAGCAGCAAUCACAAUGGACUGAAGGAAGCCGACUUUCUUGGUGGCAUGGAGUGUACUCUCGGACAGAUCGUUUCACAGAGGAAGCUGUCCAAAUCCUUACUGAAGCAUGGAAACACUGCAGGAAAAUCUUCCAUAACGGUGAUUGCUGAGGAGCUUUCUGGUAAUGAUGACUAUGUCGAACUGGCAUUCAAUGCACGGAAAUUGGAUGACAAGGAUUUCUUCAGUAAGUCUGAUCCUUUUCUGGAAAUCUUUCGUAUGAAUGAUGAUGCUACUCAACAGCUUGUACACAGGACUGAGGUUGUAAUGAAUAACUUAAGCCCGGCUUGGAAAUCAUUCAAAGUUUCUGUAAAUUCUCUGUGCAGUGGAGACCAGGAUCGUCGACUGAAGUGCAUCGUCUGGGACUGGGACUCCAACGGCAAACAUGACUUCAUUGGAGAAUUUACCUCGACAUUCAAGGAGAUGAGAGGAGCAAUGGAAGGAAAACAAGUCCAGUGGGAGUGCAUAAACCCAAAGUACAAAGCCAAGAAGAAGAACUACAAGAACUCGGGCAUGGUUAUUCUGAACCAAUGCAAGAUCCACAAGAUGCAUUCCUUCUUAGAUUACAUCAUGGGGGGAUGCCAAAUCCAGUUUACAGUAGCAAUAGACUUCACUGCAUCGAAUGGGGACCCCAGGAACAGCUGUUCUCUGCACUAUAUCCAUCCCUAUCAACCCAACGAAUACCUGAAAGCCUUGGUAGCUGUCGGGGAGAUCUGCCAAGACUAUGACAGUGACAAAAUGUUUCCAGCUUUUGGUUUUGGAGCCAGGAUACCUCCAGAAUACACGGUCUCUCACGACUUUGCAAUUAAUUUUAAUGAAGACAACCCGGAGUGUGCAGGAAUCCAAGGAGUUGUAGAAGCCUAUCAGAGCUGCCUCCCUAAGCUACAACUCUACGGGCCGACAAACAUUGCCCCUAUCAUCCAAAAGGUAGCCAAGUCUGCAUCCGAGGAGACCAACACCAAGGAGGCAUCGCAAUAUUUCAUCCUGCUGAUCCUGACAGACGGUGUGAUCACAGACAUGGCCGAUACCAGGGAGGCCAUCGUCCACGCUUCCCACCUCCCCAUGUCGGUCAUUAUAGUUGGGGUUGGCAAUGCCGAUUUCAGCGAUAUGCAGAUGUUGGAUGGGGACGAUGGGAUCCUGAGGUCCCCCAAAGGAGAGCCUGUCCUUCGAGACAUUGUCCAGUUUGUGCCAUUCAGGAACUUUAAGCACGCGUCUCCAGCUGCACUUGCAAAGAGUGUUUUGGCUGAAGUUCCAAAUCAAGUUGUGGACUAUUACAACGGCAAAGGAAUUAAACCAAAGUGUUCCUCAGAUAUGUAUGAGUCUUCCAGGACACUAGCACCAUGAACUUCUCCACACACUUUUACAGAGUUCUCAAAUAUUAUUCCUGCUAAUACUUAAUAUUCCUACUACUCCAGUACUUAAAAAAAAAUAAAAUAAAAUAGCACGUUUUGGUGAUUUUUAACUGACAUUUUUUUCUGCAUGUGUAUCCCCAAGGCUUGGAUCUGUUAAGCAGUUGUAUUUGUUGAAGACUUUUUAUGAAGAAAAAAAUUUACUCUUUACAUUACAGCAUGUCGCCUUGAAAUAAAAUGGUAACUGUAUCUGUUUUUUAUACAGGUUUGUUGAAAUUUUGCUAAAUUUCUUAUUAUCUUUACACUGUAAAGCAUUUUGAAACAUUUAUUGAGCAUCGAUAACCAAAACAACAACAAAAAACUAUUUGGUUUUCUCUGCUAAAGGAUGAAAGUUUUUUUCAAAAUGGCAGAUGCAUGGACUGUAUUUUGCAUGUUUCCAAUAAAAAUAAUACCAUUUGCA